AUGCCUUCCUACUCCGAUCUCGCCGCCAUCGUCAACACAUCCCAGGGCGACUACCCGAUAUGGGUGGGCUGGAACAUAAUCGACGAGCUUGGCGAGCGCGUCAAUUCCGUUCUCGACAUCUCCACUGCGUACAUCAUCACAGACGAGGGUGUGCAUAGGCAGGCCCGGGCGCGCAGUUCUCGCUUGAAGCCGCCGGUAUAG